AUGAACUAUCAUCGAUAUCCUUCUCAAAAUCAUCAUUAUAAAACCCACAAAAAAUCUAAUUUUUAUUUCCAAUCGUAAUAAAUUAUCUUAAUUCAAUUAGACUCAAAACUGAUACAUAAAUAUAAAACAACCAAAAUGAGAUUUUAACAAAUCUUAGAAAGAUUAUUAAAUAGAAUGAAAGAUUAUUAUCAGAAAAUAGUGAAAGUUAUCCUAUUGUGAAAAAAAAAGCUAAAUCCUCCAAAAACAACUGUGAAUGCUCCAUCUAUUGA